AUGUCAUUAAAAAAAAUUUACAACGGGCAUUUCCGAAGAAUACCAUCAGGAGACAAGGACGAGGAUACCUUCUCCACCGAGAAACUAUCGGGGGAAGCAUUCAGUGAAAGCAAAAGUUUUGAAAAAAAAGAAUACGGAAUCGUCGACAAUAUCAUUUAUGGUGCAGGAAUGGGCGUCGGGGCAAUCGGACUAUCCUUGGCAGUACUAAGCUCAACAGUGAUCGCUUCGACAUUGUUAUUUUCAUCCUACUUUUGUGCCAACACUUGUAACGUAAACGAAGAAGAAGAAGAAUUAUAUGAAGAUCCUAUGUAA